AGUAACUUGCAGUCUGCGAGCACAUGCACUCGGUCGGGGCGAGCCUGCCCCGCGCGCUGCCUUUGGUUACUCCGUUGUACCUGCCGGGGGAGUUCACCUUGUCUUUGCUUGGUAUCUUCCACCCGUUACAAAAUCAGAAAAGUAUUCUCCAACACCAAAGAGGAGGUUUGACUUUCUGGGGGGUGAUUCUGAGACCCUAAAGUACAAAGAAGAGACACACCUAGAAGAGAAAAAUAUGACUAAAAGCAACGGAGAAGAGCCCAAAAUGGGGGGCAGGAUGGAGAGAUUCCAGCAAGGAGUCCGAAAACGCACCCUGUUGGCCAAGAAGAAAGUACAGAACAUCACAAAGGAGGAUGUUAAAAAUUACCUGUUUCGGAAUGCUUUUGUGCUGCUCACUGUCACAGCUGUCAUUGUGGGUACAAUCCUUGGAUUUACCCUCCGACCAUACAAAAUGAGCUACCGGGAGAUCAAGUACUUCGCCUUCCCUGGAGAACUUCUGAUGAGGAUGUUACAGAUGUUGGUCUUACCCCUUAUCAUCUCCAGUCUUGUCACAGGAAUGGCGGCCCUAGAUAGUAAGGCAUCAGGGAAGAUGGGAAUGCGAGCUGUAGUCUAUUACAUGACUACCACCAUCAUUGCCGUGGUGAUUGGCAUAAUCAUUGUCAUCAUCAUCCAUCCUGGGAAGGGCACAAAGGAAAACAUGCACAGAGAAGGCAAAAUUAUACAAGUGACAGCUGCAGAUGCCUUCCUGGACUUGAUCAGGAACAUGUUUCCUCCAAAUCUGGUAGAAGCCUGCUUUAAACAGUUUAAAACAAACUAUGAGAAGCGAAGCUUUAAAGUACCCAUCGAGUCCAAUGAAACUCUCGUGGGGGCUGUGAUAAACAAUGUGUCGGAAGCCAUGGAGACUCUUACGCAGAUCACGGAGGUGAUGGUCCCAGUUCCGGGAUCUGUGAAUGGAAUCAAUGCCCUGGGAUUAGUCGUCUUCUCCAUGUGCUUCGGCUUUGUGAUUGGAAAUAUGAAGGAACAGGGCCAGGCCCUGCGGGACUUCUUUGAUUGUCUUAACGAAGCCAUCAUGAGACUGGUAGCAGUGAUAAUGUGGUACGCCCCUGUGGGCAUUCUCUUCCUGAUCGCUGGAAAAAUAGUCGAGAUGGAAGACAUGGGUGUGAUUGGGGGGCAGCUUGCCAUGUACACUGUGACCGUCAUCGUCGGCUUGCUCAUUCACGCAGUCAUUGUGUUGCCCCUCCUCUACUUCUUGGUAACACGGAAAAACCCUUGGGUUUUCAUUGGAGGGUUGCUGCAAGCUCUCAUCACAGCUCUGGGGACCUCCUCAAGCUCUGCCACUCUGCCCAUCACCUUCAAGUGCCUGGAAGAGAACAAUGGCGUGGACAAGCGCAUCACCAGAUUCGUGCUCCCUGUGGGGGCCACCAUUAACAUGGACGGGACCGCCCUCUAUGAGGCUUUGGCUGCCAUUUUCAUCGCUCAAGUUAACAACUUUGAACUGAACUUCGGACAGAUUAUUACGAUCAGUAUCACAGCCACAGCUGCCAGUAUUGGGGCAGCUGGAAUUCCUCAGGCAGGCCUUGUCACCAUGGUCAUCGUGCUGACCUCUGUGGGACUGCCCACUGACGACAUCACACUCAUCAUCGCAGUGGACUGGUUCCUGGACCGCCUUCGAACCACCACCAACGUGCUGGGAGACUCCCUGGGAGCUGGGAUUGUUGAGCACUUGUCACGACAUGAACUAAGGAACCAAGAUGUUGAAAUGGGUAACUCAGUGAUUGAAGAAAAUGAAAUGAAGAAGCCAUAUCAGCUGAUUGCCCAGGACAAUGAACCUGAGAAACCCAACGACAGUGAAACCAAGAUGUAGACUGACAUAAAGAAAAGCUAUCUUGAGCACCAGGUGUUUGGAAACUAUUAUAAAAUGUCUUCAUCUCGUUACAGCUCAUUCUCUCCAGUAAGCCCUUCAUCUCCCUUUUCCUCCUUACUCUGAUAGGAUUGGGAAGUAUUCAUCCAGAAACAAGGGAGCAUUUUGCAGUGGCCAGAAUGUGUAAUUUGAAAUUUUUAAAUCAUUUCAUGUUAGUCUUACCCAUGAUAUUCAGAGAUCAGAAAUAAUCAUGAUCAGAUCUUAAUAACUGUGUGGCACAUAAUCCUGUAAAUGUGAUCUUAAAAGUUAAAGAAGUAAGUGAACAGUAAGCUAAAAGCAUUUUUAAAUCAACUUUGACAUUUAAACAUCCUUCAGAACAAAAUUGAGUUUUAGUCUCAAAGAGUAACAAGUUGAACUGCAAUCGGUUUUCAGUUAAGAGUGUUUCCCCUCUCUCUUCCCACUGGUGCACCUAUUGUAUUAGUAGCGAGGUGAACAUGCACACCUAGCACAGCAGUGAGGAGGGGCAGAAAGCCAAGUUGUCACAUGGCUUUGAGUAAGUCACAUGUCAUCACUGGGCCUCGUCCUCAUCUAUAAAAUGAGUGACUUCCCUAGAUGCCUCUGUGGUCUCUUCUAGCCCAGACAUCCUAUGACAUGAAAGAGCCUGUCCUCUAGUUCCACUUGGAGCAAGUAACAAGCACCAUUCCGUGGAGCACCAGGCUUUCAGAAAGGACAUGGAACAGGAGUGAACAUUUCUAACUAGGGACAGGAUGGCUGUGUGGUUCAGCAGGUCCUGUGUCCAAAAUGCCAGUUCUGUAUGCAAAUUGCCAGGCAGAAAGCUAUUCCAGGAGUUGGAUUAUUCAUAAAAAUCUUUCACAGUUCAUCCCAGCAGAGAAAGUAUUCCCUUCUUUCCCACUCUUCCCAAACUGAAGGGACUGUUGCAGGAAGGAUGUCUUUCUCACCACUCCUCAACUGAUGGUAGACUUUUUUGGAAAUAGAAGACUAGCAGCUAGCAAGGAUGCUCAUGGUCGUAUUAUGGAACACUAAGGAGCUAGAAAAGAAUGGAGUAAAGUUGACCUUAUAAAAAAUAGAUUUUAAAACAUCAAGAGUAUGGGUCUUCUUUAAGGAAGAAUGAAAAAGGAGAGGUUCAUUUUUGCUUUUAAUUUUUAUCUGAAACACGUUUUCUCUUCAGUUCAAAAUCAUUCAAGAUCAUUUAUAUAUUUUAAAGAAGAAUGAGCUCUUCUCUGAUUGAUAGGGGUCUAUGAGUUAGGUGGGUGGUCUUGCAUUUGAAAACGUUUUUUACUUUAAUCAAAAUUUCUCAGAAUGAGAAAAACAAAAUAUUUCCUUGUGUUGGAAUCCCACUUAUGAAAUCAUUCAAAAUUUUCAACUGGAGUGGGUUUGCUUUUGUUUUGUUAGUAUCCCUAAGAGAAAUGGUAGACUAUGAAACAGUAUGAAGACAAUGUCAGUGAGAUUGCAAGAAAAAACAGCAGGGGCAUUAGUUUCAGGCAAGGGAGCUCCCAGGUUUAAAGGAGAUUAAUUUUUACCCCCUAAGGAAUAUCCAGGCAGAGAUGCUGAAUGGGAGCUUUCAAACAAUACCAGCUGUGUUUGAGUUUCUGACUAAAAAUGGUAAAGAAUGGACUUAAUUAUGCUAACAGACUGAAAAUCUAGACAUAUUUGAUAUAUAUUAGAGGUAUUUUUAUAUAGAUCCUGAGCAUUAUGUAUGUAUAAAAGUUAACAUUAGGCAAUGGUGGAGUAACCAUUUGAUGUCAAGCUCUAUUUGGGAAAUACACUACAAAAGAUAACGUACAUGGCUGUCAUCUCAUGACACUAGUAGAGCAAAAUUAAUCCUGUCUAAUUCUGUUACACAAGGUGAUUUUUUUAUACUAACCAUUCCUUAUGGAAAGCAGGUCCUUUAUGGCAAUCCUCUUGCCAGCCCGUCACAGGCUCUGCAUACACGUACAUCCAGUGUUGACUGGGAAGCAUUCCUUUGUAGAUGUAUUUUCAAUAAAGAAAAAAAUAGUUUUACAUUAA